AUGGGCAAUGAAGCCGCCGACGCUGACUCCAUUGUGAGUUCCUUGACUUAUGCCUUUAUACACGCCCAAGAGCACCCGGAUACGCUUCAUGUGCCUGUUGUACCCAUCACUCGAUCCGAAUUAGCGCUACGAUGUGACGUCACCGCCUUGUUCGAGGUACUGGACGUUCAUACUGAUGCUCUUGUGUUCGUCGACGAGUUUCCGUGGGAUACAAAGGCCAGAGUGAAAGUCACUCUAAUGGAUCAUAAUGCAUUGAACAAUAAGAAAAUUCCAAUGGUGGAAAGGAUGAAGGUCAUCGAGAUACUGGACCAUCACUCUGAUCUGGGCCAACAUUUGGACGCUGAGAAGAGAGAAGUGGCCUUUGCUGACGGUAAUGCUCUUGUUGCUAGUACGUGUACGUUAGUGGCCGAGAGGUUGGAAAAAGUAGCACAUCAUACUGCACAUAAGCUACUAUCGACAAUGUUGCUUGGAGUGAUUGCACUAGAUAGUAUUAACUUUGAUCCAAGUGCCAAGAAAGUGACGCCAAGAGAUGUACACGCAGCCCAGCAAUUGGAAAAGGUGGCGUUUGCAAAGAAAGAGGAGCUGUUUAAGUGGCUUGAAGCGCAAAAGUUUAAUUCUGCGCACUGGAAAGCGUUCACCUUGGAAAAUUGUCUGCAGGUCGACUACAAGGAGUUUACGUUUGCAAAGAAGGUGGGCAUUAGUGUGGUGUUAAUUGAUCUGGAAACUUUUGUGCUUAAAUCAAAAGAUGCAGCUGCACUACGCAAGAGACUGUGUGCAUACUGCAAGCAAAAUGGUCUGGCGUUCGUGGUGGUGAUGACUAUGUUCAUGACGCCUGACGGACAGCGCCAUCGCCAGAUGCUCUUUUUCCAGGAGAACGGAGACAAUGCCGAGCACUGCGUGGCAUUUUUGAAGAGAGAAGGGAUUUUGCUGUUGGACUCGAUAGAGUUACCGGAGACUCAUCGGCAUGAGUACGUGGCUGCUUUUAAUCAACUGAACAUAGGUGCGUCCAGAAAGCAGAUCGUACCGCUGAUUCAGCGUGCGCUUGCCGAGCCUGUCGUGAAGCUGUAG